AUUUUUUCAGUCGUAAUCAUGGAUAAAUUUUGUUUUGUGGCGUGCAUCUUAAUUUUCGGCGUUGCAGCGCAACUGGAUAUUUUCCGGCCGAAAACGAUUAGAUUCAACGUAUUCAAAGGGCGCUGUCCAGAUUACCCCAAAGCUCCCAUCUAUUUGAGCAACGUGCAAUUGAAUAACAUAAAUCGAACGUUUUACGUAUCCCUCAAGGUGCACGUUACCAAAAAUAUCGACUCCGACGAUUUGAAGCUGGAGUUGCACCUGAAGAGGUGCGCGAGCAGCGACGCCUUGGACAGCUGCGAAAAUUACAACACGAUCAAAUUGAACCACUUCUGCAAAAUGCUGGACGCCGAGGAUAAACCUUGGACGCCGUUUCGGAAGUAUUUCCACCCGCCUUCCACCGGAUGUCCACUGAGAAAGGGAGAACACAGCAUCAAAAACGGCACGUUUGAUGGAUCGGCCUUCAGUCGCAUACCAAUAAAUAAUUUUUACUGGAAAGUAACAGUACAUUUGAUAACCGUCCCUCAGGAUGAAGUCGUCAUGUGCAAUCAAGUCGAAGGCCAGAUAGCGCCGAUUUAGAAUUACACCCGCAAUUACAGCCGGCCUUUUAAAUACUCCAAGCACCCGCUAGCAUCUCUAACCGUUUGUAAUAAAGCCAAUAAAAUGUUUUUUUUUGUGACCUGCUAAUACCAUUUACCCCAUUCGCGGAUCAAUUCGAGAU